AGAGACGCUGAAGCUGUGCGAAAGGUGAAGUGCUGACGGAAAUCUCUGAUAUGGUUCAUGUCGCAAGAGCUUGAGGAAAGCUAACUCGCCAGGAAGAGAGAGACGAGCAAGAAUAGAAGUGUAAAAUGGCUGACCAAAGGCAGCGCUCAUUGUCCACCUCAGGGGAAACAUUAUAUGUUGUUCUGGGACUUGACAAAAAUGCUACGCCAGAAGACAUUAAGAAAUCAUACAGAAAACUUGCACUGAAGUACCAUCCUGACAAAAAUCCAGAUAACCCUGAAGCAUCAGAGAAAUUUAAAGAAAUAAACAAUGCUCAUGCAAUUCUGACUGAUGCAACAAAACGGAAUAUCUAUGAUAAGUAUGGCUCAUUGGGUCUCUACGUGGCAGAACAGUUUGGUGAGGAGAAUGUAAAUACGUAUUUCGUCCUGUCUAGCUGGUGGGCAAAGGCUUUGUUUGUCUUCUGUGGAGUGAUCACUGGCUGCUACUUCUGCUGCUGCCUCUGCUGCUGCUGUAAUUGCUGCUGUGGGAAGUGUAAACCGAAGCCUCCUGAGGGGGAGGAACACGACUAUUAUGUCUCACCAGAAGAUCUGGAGGCACAGUUACAGUCAGACCUGGAAAGAGAGGGAGACGGAGCAAUUGUGGUGCAGCCAACAUCGGCCACAGAAACAACCCAGCUGACUAGUGACAGUCACCCCAGCUAUCACACCGAAUGAUUUAACUAAGCCAAGUUUGUUCUUGUAAUUAAAAAGUAUAUUUAAAAUUCAUUUCAACACUGGGUUAGUUAAAGCUAUAGAUGGGGAAAGAAUUUUCACAAGAUUGCCUGCCAAGAUGAGAGCAGCCACCAACAUUGAGGAGACCACCUUUCCUUUUUUUCUUGCCUUUACCACUAAACAUUACCUUCGUAACAAAAUGCUGUAGCAACCAAUAUUUGAAGACUAACAUUUUUUUCAUUUGAAUUGCGUAUUGUAAGUGCAUAUGGGCUGAUGUCUCAUAAUUAACUUCCAGUAGAGCCAGUGCAUGUAAACAACCAAAGUAGAUUCACCUGAAAACCCACUGACACUCCUGUUGUUGUUUUCCUUCUGUUAGCUUUUGUAGAUUGUUGCCAAUCAAGAGUUUUGUUCUGAUUUAUUUUUGGAGUGUGGAACUCUGGGUAAUUAUGGCCAAUAAUGUCUUUGUCGUAAUGACAGACUUUGUGUUCAAGUUUCAGGGAGUUUUGGUGUGCAGUUACUUGUUUGUAAUAGGGAAUGGUAUUCCAUCUGUUGGCGUAACAUUCUUUUAAAAUUUCUAAAAUAUCACUUGAAGCUUAAUAUUGAGGUCCAAAGUAAUACUGUUGCCAAGUUAUCGAAUUGUGUAGUAUUUUGCUACGGUGCUUUACUGCCAGUUUCUGACGUUCAUGUAAUAAUCAAAAACUUCGCUGUAAAGUAUGGACUCAGAACCUUGCUCCACGCAAACAUUCACCUAAGAAUGAGAAUUGGUUUUGAAAUGAAAUUUUUUUUUCAGUUAUGGUGUCAACUUAAUCAGGUUAUACUAAUGAUCGGUGAGCCAAUGUGAACAAUUAUAUUCACAUGAAAAGAACAGGUUUGGGAUAAAAAUUAAGAAUUUUCUUGAAAAUGCACAUUUUCAUUUUGGAUUCCUUGCUUCAUUUGAAGAAAAUAGAAUGCUAAAUAAGUAUACAUGCAAGAACAGCAUCUGACAGUUCAAAUACCAGUGUGUACUGCUGGAGUGAGCUCUUAGUAUUUGAUCUAGUUUCCUUCCCUAAUGUUCAUUUUACAAAAGCAUGUUCCUUUUUCAAUUCCCCUUUUUCACCUUGACUUGGAAUAUGUUUGCUAUUAGUUUUUAAACUAAGCUUCCACAAUUUUACAUUUCAGUUUAAUUGUGAUGUUAAGAUGGCAAUACAUAUUUAAAGAAUGAUCUUUGAUAGGAGUAAAAUUAUCUCUACUAAAUUAGCACUUUUUCUGCACUGAAGAGUUAAAUAGUUUGAUGCAAGUCUAAACUAUUCGUGAAUCUCUCCUUUAUGAAGUUGAAAAUAAUAAAACAUAUUUUUAAAAAUCUAAUGUGUUAAUAGCUGUAGCAAAUUGCUAGACAAAAUCCAGAUAAACUCAACAUUUUAUUGAAAGUUUCUGUUGAUUCCGUCAGCAUUGAUAUUUUUCAUUAAAAUGUUUAAAAGUGCCCUCCAUUCAUUUCCUAGAGCCAAGUUUGAAUUCUGUCUAAACUGAUGAGGAUCUAUGCUAUUGUCUCUGGCUGUAAAAUUUCUAAGAAGUAAAUCUAGUUCUCAGCCCAGUUUCUAGGAGCUUGGUCUUCCAAAACUGGUCAAAAUUCAAUGCUAAUAGAUACUGCAAUGCAAGUGUCAUUCAGACCACAAUACUUAAAUUAAUAUUAAAAAUUAUACUGCUCUGAAAGACCUGAUUUUUAUUGUCAACUUAAUAUUGAAACAACUGCACUAAAGCAAGGGUUACUGUGGGGCUUAUUGCUUUUACAAUAUCAAGGAUUGAUAAAGGUAUUGUUUGUCUGUCUAUCUGUUCAAGUUUGCAAAUGGAUCAAGUGUGUGUUUAGCACACUUUACUCCCUUGUGCUCUGUUUGAAAUACAGCUUUUGUUUUCUUGUUUGUUCCCUUGAGAAGCUGUGUAGCUGGCAGAGUUGAAACACUAUACUUCAUAAUUGUUUUAGAAUGAGAGAUGGUUUUAAGUGGGUUUAAAUUAAAAGUGACAAAGUGAAGCUGUAAUUGAUGUAAUAUUAUGAAGUUGCUUGUGGCUUUAACUUGAAGCUUUAACACUAAACUGUGUACAGGUCUUCCCCCCACUAAAUCCUCUGUUGUGAUUUGCUUUAAACAGGUUUCAAUUAAUCCUCAUCUGUACUAUGCUUUGCUUAAAUUAUAUUUUUCCAUUAUCAUUGCAUUUGAAAGAGGAAAAGUUCUAAAAGAAUCAAAAAAUGUGAAAAUUGCUCUUUUACCAUUUUAACAUUAAAACACCUAGAUUUUGGGAGACACUACAUUUGCAGCACGACCAAGUUGCCACCUGUCCCGAAUUAGUUGUGCUUCACUCCUUAACUUUGCUUUUGUGGAAAGCAGAUUGUAAAGCUAGGGUAUUUAAUUUUUGACCAUAACCUUCAACAAGUUUAUCUAGAUUUUAACAAAUGUUGGCAAUCAUUUGCAAGAAGGCACUGAUAAAUCAAAAAACUUUUUUUAUUAUUAAAAAUUGUAUCUUUUAAGCAAAUUACUUCCAGUAUGGAUGGUUCAUUCCAUUGUGGCUUUGAAUACUUAUUCCUUUAGUUUUUAAUUUAUAUUGGAUAUAACAUUGCUACAAAGGGGGGAAAAAUCAAAAACUGCAGAGAUCAAUAGUUUGAACUUUGUUACAUAAAAGUGAGAUUCUGGCAGAGAAAAUUUGAGUCGUGGCAAUAGAUUUUUUUUUUAAAGCUCGAAUCAUUCUAAACAUUUUCCAUCUUGAAUUUUUCAUACUCAUUGCUUAAGUCAUAAGUUUGUCUAGUCUGUAGUUGCUUUGUCAUUGCAUCAUACCUUUUCAGCUGGAAAUCAAGUAUAAGAUUAUUUUAUUUCAGUUGUAUUGCUAACCUUAUUUUUCUCGUUCAAAAUUAUACUAAACUUGUUCCUGUAAUUAAGUCUAAUUCAAACAUUCAUGCUGCUAAUUACAAUUACCUUGCAGGUUGCACCUUCAGGCUAUCAAAUGGUAAACCAGGGCUCUCUUUGCUUGCCCAUGUUUGUUUAAGAGAUCCCAUAGCACUAUUUCAAAGAAGUAAAAGAAUUAUCUCCCAUUUUCUGACCGCUAUUUAUCCCUCAAUUGAUAUCGCGAAAAAUGCAUUUAUUGUCACAGUGCUGUUUGUGUGAGGUGACAGCACAUAAGUUAGCUGUCACAUUUCCUAUAUUGCAAUAGUGACCUGCCCUUUAAAAGUACUUACUUGGCUAUAAAAUGCUUUGAGAAGUUUGGUGAUCAUUAAAGAAUGCUAUGUAAUUGCAAAUCAUUAUUUCUUAAUGUUAACUCCGCUUUGUGAUGUCAUUGCUUCUGUAAGCUUUUGAGGUGUGGUAAAUCUGAUAUUUAAAUAAAUCUAAUUUUAUUAAUUCAGCAUACAAACCAUAAAAGAUGAUAUUCAUACUACAGAAAUUUUAUCCCUUGGGAUAUGCUUCUGUAUUUAAAAUGUCAAUUUUUUUUUCAGGAUUGACACUUGGCUAAAAUUCAGAAUGUUAUUCAAUCAUUAAUGGAUUAAAGUUAACUAAUUGAAUAAAAUAUUGAAAGCUUGCAUAUUAAUUUAUAAUCCACUUGAUCAGGUCAAUUAAAUUAAUAAAGUGUGGUCUCCUGUGACACAGUGGUACUGUUCCGACCUCUGAGCUGAACGAUGUGGUUCAAGUACCACCUGCUCCAGAAAAGUACAAUAACACUUCUGAACAGAUUUAUUAAAAAUAUUUGAGCGUAAUAAUGGAGAGAUUCAGCAAGUCUGGCAGUUUCUGUGGGGAAAAAAAUGUUACUGUUUCAAGUAUUAUGAUUCUUCAACUUCAAUGUUAACUCUUCCUGUCAGCACAGAUACUGUUAAAUUUACUGAAACCCCCAGCACUUUGUUUUAAUUUCAGAUCUCCACCAUCCUCUGAACUUUGCUUUUAAUUAUAUUGCUUCAAAGUUUGGGAGAAGAUUUGUAGCUCAGAUGCUCAUUGUUGUGGUUCUGUUCGCUGAGCUGGAAAUUUGUGUUGCAGACGUUUCAUCCCUUGUCUAGGUGACAUCCUCAGUGCUUGGGACCCUCCUGUGAAGCGCUUCAGUGAUUUUUUUUCUCCAGCAUUUGUAGUGGUUUGAAUCUGCCUCUUCCGGUUGUCAGUUCCAGCUGAAUGUUGCAGUGGCCAGUAUAUUGGGUCCAGGUCGAUGUGCUUAUUGAUUGAAUCUGUGGGUGAGUGCCAUGUCUCUAGGAAUUCCCUGGCUGUUCUCUGUUUGGCUUGCCCUAUAAUAGUAGUGUUGUCCCAGUCGAACUCAUGUUGCUUGUCAUCUGCUUGUGUGGCUACUAAGGAUAGCUGGUCGUGUCGUUUCGUGGCUAGUUGGUGUUCAUGGAUGUGGAUCGUUAGCUGUCUUCCUGUUUGUCCUAUGUAGUGUUUUGUGCAGUCCUUGCAUGGGAUUUUGUACACUAUAUUGGUUUUGCUCAUGCUGGGUAUCGGGUCCUUCGUUCCGGUGAGUAGUUGUCUGAGAGUGGCUGUUGGUUUGUGUGCUGUUAUGAGUCCUAGUGGUCGCCGUAGUCUGGCUGUCGGUUUGGAAAUGCUCGUGAUGUAUGGUAGUGUGGCUAGUCCUUUUUGGGUUGCGGCAUGUCCUCGUUCCGUUGUCUUUCCCCUAGACAUAAAGAGCAUUUCCAAAUGACAGCCACUAGGACAGAGCAUGAGCAAAACCAAUAUCCCAUGCAAGGACUGUACAAAGCACUACA